AUGACCUACACCACGUCCACAUCCACCAUUUCUCUCUCACCUCCGCCGAAAGGAUCCCCAAGACCACACGAGGAUGGCGGCGAGAAGAGUUCUUCUCGCUCCCCUGGCCGGGACAGCACCAGCCGUGCCAGGCGCCGAUCGCUGGCACACAUCGCCCUGCUUGACACACAGGCCUCGUGCUCUUCCAGCUCGGCCACCUCACGCUCUCCACCCCCGACUCUAGUGCUGCCGCCCGACACUGACACCCUACCAAUCCUCAGCCCGACCUCUCAGUCACACUUUGAGGCAUACAGCCCAGACAAACCCUACUUCCCCGGCCAGCCCAAGAGCCUGGCAGGCAUCGCCCUGCGCGCCUUUUGCCUGGGCAUCGCGCUGGCCGUGGGCGUCAUCGGCACCGGCUUCGUCGUCGUCGUGACGUCCAGCCCGCUGUGGCGCCUGCCCUUCUUCCUGGCCUCGCUGGCGACGUUCCACUUCCUCGAGUUCUGGACCACGGCCGCCUACAACACCCGCGAGGCCGACGUCUCCUCGUUCCUGCUGACCGCCAACUGGCCCGCCUACGCCAUCGCCCACUCGGCCGCGUCCGUCGAGUGCCUCAUCACCAACGUCUUCUUCCCGGGCCGGUCGUGGGCGCCCUUCGGCGCCGGCCCCCUGCUCAUGCUCCUCGGCAUCUCCCUCGUCGCCGUCGGCCAGGUCGUCCGCAGCGCGGCCAUGGUCCAGGCUGGGCCCAGCUUCAACCACAUUGUCCAGCAGACGCAGAAGCGCGAGCACAUCCUCAUCACCACCGGCAUCUACGGGACCCUGCGGCACCCGAGCUACUUUGGCUUCUUCUGGUGGGGCCUGGGGACGCAGCUGGCCAUGGGCAACGUCUUAUGCUUCUUUGCGUAUGCCGCCGUGCUGUGGCGGUUCUUCUCCACGAGGAUCAGGCACGAGGAGGUCUUCUUGGUCAAGUUCUUCGGCGACGAGUACGUUGACUACAAGAAGAAGACGGGGACCAAGAUUCCUUUCGUGCCCUGA